AUGGCAGAAGUUUUAAAAGAAUGGCUAUCACAACGUUUACAACGUCCAAUUAAAUGGGAAGCCGAGGAAUUUGGAGAAAAGAUGAAGGAUGGCUAUAUCAUCGCAUCUGUUCUUCUAAGUUACCACGUUAUUAACGAGGAAAAAUAUUAUUAUAUACGAUCUAGUAGCAAUAUAGACGAAAUAAAAACGAAUUGGAAACUUAUAAGAGAAUGGUUGCAUUUUAUCGAUAUAAAUAUAAUCGAUUCUGAUUUAAACCACAUAAUGGAUGGUAGGGGCUCCACUUUGCUACGCCUUUUUUAUCAAUUAUUUCUUCACUUAGACAAAAAAGAUAGAACUGACUUUAUUAAAAAAGAACGAAAAAUGGUUUCUAAUUUAGUCGAAAAAAUAGACCACCGUUUUAAAGUUGACAUAGUCCCAGAAGAAAAAGACGUGUGUGUGGAUGAUCUCUCUAGACCACUUUUAAACGAGAAAUUGUUUAUUGAAUGGCAAAGAAAAAAAGCUCAGCAAGUAAAAGAUACCUAUGAUUUUGUAAGGCACAAGUAUUCCAAAAUCAUAGCCGAUAUAAAAGAACGAGCUACUUCACCUGUUAAGGCACCGGGAGAGAAACCCAAAAAAAUAUCCGAAAAAGACCAAAGAGAUAUGGAUAAAUUUUGCUUGAAAUAUCCUUGCAAAUUUCAAAAUUAUACUUAUGAACAAUUGCUUGAAUUGGAUCAAAGAUUCGUUGAAAGGAAGAAAGGUUUAAUUGAUUCUGAAUGGGCUCACAAUUACAUGGAUAAUUUGUAUACAAGAAUGCACAAAAAGGCAGAUUCAGAGGAAUUUCAAAAACAAUUAAGAAACGUCAUUAGUGGUUCACUAUGGGAUUUAUCUGUAGCCGAAGAAGAAUCAAAACUAGAUACAGAAUUUGCCAAGAAGGUUAUGAAAAUUUCUCAAUUUGAGAAACAAAUGGGAACUCAAAUUAUGGAAACUCGUCAACAAGCACGAAACUUGGUAAAAAACAGAAUCGCUGGUGAAUCAGAAUUUGUUGAGCAAAGAACUCAGCAAUUUAAUCAAUUUCUAGAUAAUAUGAAAGAAGAAAUAAAUCUAGGUCUGGUAGAAAUUGAUUUUGAAAAGCAAAGACAAAAUAUGCUUCAUAAAAAGCUAUAUGCCGAGAAAAUGAAAAGAAAACGUCAACACUACCAUGAAAUUUGCUACGAUACUGUUCUUUCAAUCAUAGAUUAUGCUACAAAAUAUGCUUAUUUUAAACGUUUACUUGAAAACGAUAUACCAGAACAUUUUAUACAUGAAUGGAAAACAUUGUAUUACAAGCAACAACCUAUCUUUGAAAUUUUUGACCCCUUGGAAGAUAUGUUAAGGGACACUGCUGUCGAAGAAGAAGUAAUACCUGAAGAGGAAGAAGUAAUAAGACUUGAAUUGGAUCGUCAAGAAGCAUUGAAUGAAAGUGAAUUUAUUGAAUAUCAUAAUUAUUUAUAUCCUUGGACUCUGGAACUCCUUAUACCAAAUUAUGAACCAGAAUCAGAAGAAAGAAAAUAUGAAUAUUUAGGAAAUCGAAUACUUGGUCAUUUGGUAUACACAUUACUUGAAAUUAAAUAUCCUUAUCCACCUCAAAGACCUCCUGCUAAUCUUCCCGAUUUUAGCUCUAAGGCAAUAAUUCGUGGAUUACCAGAUAGAUCUAUUACUAUUCCUAUGCAAACUCUUCUUAAUGCUAGAAAAAUACAUGUUGUUCGACUUGAAGCUGCGAUAAAUUUUUGCCUCAGAAAAUUUAAAACAGAAAUGAUUGGUUGCACUGAUAUAGAUUUGUCUUUCGAUAAAUUCAUGGCUGUGGCGCUGGAGGAGGAAAGUAAAGAUAUUAUUAAAUUGAUGAAAGCAGAAGACGAAAUAGUAAGUAAAAGUAGUGAAGCAAAUCUUUCUUUGAUAUCAGGACCCGUUCCUGCUAAUGUUAAACAAACACAAACUCCUAAAACCAUUCCAGAGGAAGAAAUAACAUUAUCAGCUGCUGCUGAUUUGGGCCACUAUGCGUAUAAAGCUCUAUGUAGUGGGGAUUUCUUAACAGAGUACUUAUUGGCAGCUAUGAUUGUGGAAUAUGUAAAAGAUCAAGACGAUAUUAAUGGAAUUGUCAUCAUUAAUUAUCCAAAUACAUACCGAGAGGCGCAGAUACUCGAAGAAACAUUCUCUGGCAAAGCUCCUCCAGAUGAAGCCGAAUUAGAUGAUAGUGAUGAUAUAUAUCUUGAAGAAAGUAUAAGGAAACAUAGGAAAGAAGAGAAAGAUCCUUACAAAGAAAUUCGAGUUUCUAAGCUCGUUAAUGACCCACAUAAGAAAAGGAUGGAUAAACCAUUUGAAAGCUAUUUUACCUGUUACUUGAGGUUAAAGGAAACAGAAGAUAUUCUUCAAGAAGUUGUGAUUUGGGACUUAACUGAAGAAAAUUCUGAAUUUAUUGAUCGAUUUUAUGCAGCACUUGGUAUUAAUUACAGUAUGUAUUAUGAAGUCAUAGAAAAAGAACAACUUGCACUAAUAUGUAAAUAUAUAAUUGGAGAUUAUUCAUUGCCGUUAAAGUCGAUUGAUAAUUUGUUCGGAGAAAAUGUAAUGAGUCAGUUAGAUUUUCCCUCCUCUGAAGAUAAACGAACCAAGUCAAAAAUAGUAAAAUCUGAAAUUAUGAAUGGUAAAUCAAAAGAAAAAAUGCGGCAUGGGUCUAAAAUUAGCAAAAUGUCUUUGGCUAGCGAAUUAGCAGUUGUUAAAGCUCCUGAUUCUAAAGAAGAAUUGAAGGAUGAUAGAACAAUUUCUAUUGAAAAUAUUCAUGAAGCUAGUGAGAGCUCCAUUUCAAAAUCAAAUGUGAGCGUAGAGGAAAUAAACAUAGCAGCGGGAGAGGAAGACUGGGAUUAUGGAGAAAUACCUAUUUCUGAAUUAAUUGGUAUUGCACUAGCGACUUGUUGGGAAGAAGUUGAAAAAACUUACAUACACGAUAUGCAGCAAUUGUUCUUAGCUAUACGCUUACAAAUGAAUUGUGUAGUACCUUACACGAGAUUUAUUAAAGAUAAAAUGGAACAAAUAAUAACACUACCUUCUCGUAAACAAGAUUUAGUUAGCAGUUUUCAGAAACAAUACAAUGAGUUUGAAAAUGAUUGGCGAGAUGUUAAUUUAACAAAAAACGAAUGGCACUGUCGAGUGAAGGAACUCCAGAUUAAGUUAUAUCAAAUAUGUGACGAGAGAAAAGUUUUUGCUGAAAAACAAAGACAAGCUCUUAUUUGCGAAAAUUGGACUUUGGAAGAGUUGACGACGAUGGUGAAUACAUACAUAUCUUGUAUGCAAACCGAAUUAAAUAGGUGCAUUCUUACUUUUCAAGCAUUUCACGAUUUUUAUUUUGCUAUGCUCAAGCGUUUGCCUCCCAAUGAUCGCCUUUCUUCUAAAGAUUUAAUUAAGAUAUACAGGGAGUCUGAUGAAACAUCAGGGAGUAAGAAGGGAGGGGAAGAUAAGAUGUUUCGCCAACUUAAAAAUGCAUUUCAAGAUUUACAGUUAAAAAACAUUGAAAUUGAUUAUAGUAAUAAUCCAUUCAAUCUGAUAAUAGAAAAUAAUGUUAAAUUUGCUUUGAAAGUAAUUAAAGAUACUAAUGAUUCUUAUAGAUCUGUAAUUAGUCGAGAAUAUAGUGAGAUUGCAAAAAUUGUACCAGUAGCAAAGAAAAAAGAAGAGAACACGUCAAUUGAAUCCAUAAAUGAAGAAGAAAUUUUUAAACAAAACGGCUUAAAAUGCAUUGAAGAAUGGACAAUGGCCAUUAAUGGUGAAAUGUUUCGAGCAAAUUUGCGCAUUUUAGCUUUGCAAUAUAAAUGUUUUAAGGACAUGAAAUUAUUUAAUGAUAAUAUUUAUAGAGCAUUUAUGGACAUACAAAAUAAUAUUAACAAUUAUUAUUUAAAUGAAAUACAAUCAGUUGAUCGUCUCUGUAAGUACCUGCAAAUGGCAGUAGAGGCAGGUAAAAAAAUUCCUGAAAGUCUAAUUUUAGAACAUGAUAAAUUUAUUAUUGAUCCCAAUUUCUUACAAUUUAUGCCAGAAGAAAUAAUUGAAACAGAUAAUGGCCCUACUGAUACUGGAGGAACCCAGUUUAGAGUUGCACAAUUGAGUCGAUUACGAUCUCAGCUAAAAAUUAUAGCACCAACAGGUAUUGCCCUUCAACGAGCUUUCAUAUACAUAUUACAAGACUUUAUUAUUUUCGGAAAAGAAAAUUGUGAGGGUUCUAUGUUUCCUGAGAGCUGGCGCUCCAUAGACCCCGAACAAGUGCCUAAAUUGACAUUUUUAUUAUUUGGUGAAACGGCUUAUGUUGACUGGAGAGAUUUUCUAAUUUAUUGUCUUAAUAUUAAAUUCCCGAAGGCAGAGGAAUUAUUAACAGUACGUAAAAAAUUCCGCUGUAAAGAUUUAGAAUCAAAAGAAUUAAUUGACAGAGGUGAUUUUAUUAAGGAGAAGUUAUGGUUUGAAACAGAAUUAGACCCCGAGGAUAAAUGUGCGCAAUUGCGAAAUAAUUUAGUGAAACAUUUUUUAUUUGAACUUUUUGAGACCGCAGAGAAUUUAAUGAAUUAUUCCGCAUUUUUACUGGCCUUUAGCAAAAGUAUUAAUCCAAUUGAAGGCUUUGCGAUGGCACUUUCAAUGUCUACUGGAAAGAAAAUAUGUUUUUCUUUAGAAGAAUGUGAAGAAGUAAUCUGUAAGUUAAUUAGAGACAAAAAUUAUCGAGAUGAAUGUUUAGCGUGCGCUUUAAAAUGUUCUGCACUAUUACUAGAUAGAGUAUUAACAAAUGUUAUAAAUACAUGUGAGGGUACGACUUUGGUAGAGCUAGAGUAUACUGAGCCGCCUCCUGAAGAUAAGAAGGGCAAAAAGGGAGCCAAAGCGGGAGGUUCUAAAGCUAAGAAAAUUGAAAGUUCUCAAAGUGCUCGUCUACCGAAAGCUCAAAAAAGUCUUACUAACGGUAGCAAAGUGGUACAGUCUGCAACUGAUGUCAAAAUGACGUACAUUUGUAGACCCUGUCAAGAAGAAACGGAAGAGGUUGAAGAGAAAGAGCCAGAAAAAGAAGAGGUUCAAGAAGAAGAAAAAAUUGAACCUCAACCUGAUCCUAAUUUAGCAUAUGCAGUGAGUCAAGAAGUCAUUUGGAAUGUUCUGAAAAUUUGUCUGCCAUGGCAUUUUAAUUUGUUGCCGGAGGAAAAAGUUACACCUUAUGUAGCACAAGUGAAGCAGGUUAUGGCUAGGUUAGAAGUAGAUACAGAUAAUAAAGACAUCUAUAUAGCUAAAUUUGUUAGUGAGCCAAACAUAUGUAAAAUAUUGCACAAGGCUCAUAAAUUCACCGCCAUCGAUCUAGGUGAAGAAAUUAAAAAAGUGUAUUUGUGA